AUGGCCCCUUUUGGAGUGAGACUCGGGGGCACGGGACUUACAAGUCACACCUGUGCAGCAUUCAUUGUGUCUGCUUUAUUGUGUAUUGUGUGUUCUCAGACGUCGUUAGAGAAAGGCGACAUACUGAUUGUCAACACAGGGAUACAGGUCCCCUUCGGACGGACCGUGUACGUGGACCCAGUCAACGAGUUACGAUUGUCGGUAAGACCUGGCCACAGGUGUGUCAUUUCUGUACUGGACAAUGACCCUCUGUCCCAACGACCGGGGAGACUUCUCCCGUCCGAUCACUUUCCAUGCACGUUUGGACCGAGGGACGUGCAGUAUACGCACUUUGGAGCACGUGUACCGACGGAGGACACAAUCAGGAUGCUUCUCAGAUACGAAUCUGAUACUGAAUCUCACAUAAUUCCGUUUACUGUUCAUGUAACUGUCACGUUUGUACAGCUUGAAGUUGUCACUAAUAACAUCCCUCUGUCAGCCUCUGUUGAUGCUGUCUCUAAUUCAAUUAACAGGAAAAAUACAGAAUUUACUUAUGAUAGAGCCAACCAGGUUUGUCGAGUAUCUGUCAUAGCAACAUCAAAUGGACUUCCGAGAUUUGGAAUAGUAGCAAAUGGUACUACUAUUCUGUCAGAUGUUGAGUGUGAUGAAUUUUUACAAAUGGGUAUAAAAUACAGAUACUCCAACAAAAACAAUUCUCCAAACAAGGACUAUAUUCCGAUGGUAGUUGAGUUGUUAGAUGAGGAUGGAGCAGUAAUGAAACAAGAGUAUUUCCAUAAAGUAAUUAUGGUGACCGGUGCUCGGACAAACCGUAAUCCCCGCCCAUCUUUUAAUGCAUUCCUAGUUAUGGAAGUCAGUAACGGUAAUGCUGUGGACCAAUUUGUAAUGACUGCAAUUCCUCCAGCAGUUCUAGCCGCAGAGGAUUUAGAAACACCAAUGGAAUUAUUAAUUUUUAAUAUUACAGGACCUCUGGGACCUGGUCAGGGUCAUAUUGUAAGUACAGACGAUAGAGAUCAACCUCUCCAUUCCUUUUAUCAAAGAGAUGUUAUUGAUCUUAAAAUAGCAUAUAAACCUCCAUCUAUAGAUGCUAAUAAUCCCCGAACAUUUACAAUAGAAUUCCAGGUGGUGGAUUUGGACGGAGCAAAAUCUGACCCAUUCCCACUAAUGAUUGUAGUAAAUCCUAUGAAUACCCUUGCUCCUGUAGUGACUCUCAAUACUGGAAUACAACUUUUCGAAGGGCAAUCAAGACAGCUUCUUAGUUCACAAAAUCUUAGGAUCUCAGAUGAGAACAAUUUAGAAAAAGUGAAAAUAUUUAAAGCAGAUGGGGCAAGACAUGGUGAAUUAAUGAUUCCAGGUGACAGAGAAUAUUUCACACCGGACGACUUAGAUAAGGGUAGGGUAGUUUAUCAACAUGACCACAGUGACACCAACAGUGAUAAUAUUGUGUUCAGGAUGACAGAUGGUCAACACCAUGUGGAGUUUCUCUUCCCUGUUACAAUCUAUCCGGAAGAUGAUGAGCCGCCAUUUGUAACUAGUAACACAGGUUUAGAAAUUUAUAAAAAUCAGUUAGCAGAAAUUUCUCAAUUUAAAUUAAGUGCUACAGAUGUUGAUAGUGAUGAUUCAGUGAUCAGUUUCAUAAUUGAGCCUCCUUAUUCCAAAAAUGGUAAAAUUAUGUUGCGACAGUUCCAAAUUCCAAGGGACCCACAAAACUGGCUUUAUAAUAACGGUGUGUAUGAACAAGUGGUGAACCAGUUCACUCAGCAGGAUAUUCUUGAUGGCAAAGUCUUCUAUAAACACACGGCAUCUCUUCGAACAUCUUAUGUCACAGAUAACAUCAAAUUCACAUUGGAGGACAGACACGUUCCACCCAACAAGUCGUUCCAACCAUACACGUUUGUAGUCCAGAUUCUUCCAUUGGAUGAUCAGCCUCCGUAUCAACAUAUGAACACUAAACUUAAAAUGAAAGUGGAAGAAUUUCAGAUGACAACAAUCAAGCGUAAACAGCUAAGAUAUACCGAUGACGACACCAAUGAUCGUCAGUUGCAGUACAGAGUUACGCUUCCUUUAUAUGAUACAGAUCGGAACACCCCAUUGAGUGCUGGUAACAUUGUUCUUUGUGAGAAUCCGGGUGUUCCCAUCACAACGUUUACACAGUCGCAGGUAAAUCACCAGAGAGUUUGCUACCAGCCACCCAGUGCUGAGCUUGGUAUCAUAGCAAGGAUUAUCCAGUUUGGGUUUUCUGUGACGGACACCAAUGGUAACGUCCUUCCUGAUCAACGUUUCACCAUCACACUUCAGCCUAUUGACAACCAGCCACCAAGAGUUACCAACACCGGGGCAACCGUAUUAGAAAAUGGAAUGGUGAUUUUGACCACACAAAACUUAAAUGCCAUCGACCCAGAUACAGAUGAUGCAGAUAUUCAUUUUAUUGUGUCGUCAUUACCAGACUACGGUGAAAUUCAAAAAGGCGAGCAGACACUGGUUGUUGGGGAUUCAUUUAACAAACAUGAUAUCAAUCGUCAGAAAAUUAUCUAUGUCAAUUCUGGAGAGGAAGCAGAAAGUGACUCCUUCGCCUUAGAGUUGAGUGAUGGUGCCCAUCUCAUUCCAGUGCAGUUUAUUGUAAAUAUCCGUUCUGUAGAUGAUGAGGCCCCUGUUCUAACAGGGACACUGUCAAAUGUCAUGGAGAUAGAUUUGGAGGUUUACGAAGGUCAGUCUGUGAGUCUGGCUGCUGAUAGAUUCCGAGCUUCUGAUCCUGAUUCUGAUGAUCUUACAUUGAUAUUUAUGAUAGAAAAUGCUCCGACAAGGGGAGUAAUUAAAAGAUCUGGACAAAGAGCUACAGAUUUCACCCAACAAGAUCUACAGGAUGGUGUUGUAGAAUACCAUCACAUCGGAGGGGAGGUUGGGGCAACCCAAAGUCGAGAUCAGUUCUCACUUAUUCUAUCAGAUCGUUCAAGAAACUUUAUGGUAGAAGGCAACAGGGUGGCAGAAAUUGAAGUGGUUGUCAAUAUUAUGCCAGUGGACAAUCAACCCCCAAAUGUGCUGUUGGGUGCCCAGUUUGGUGUUUUAGAAGGCGAGAAGGAGGCCUUACUACCACGCCACCUGGACGCUAUGGAUGAGGAUUCUGCUGACGAGAAAUUACAGUGCACUGUGUUAGUUCAGCCUCAGUAUGGUUAUAUAGAGAAUACAUCCCCAGCUCCAGGAUCGGAAAAAUCUAGGGUAGGGAUGCCAGUGACCUCAUUUUUCAUCAAGGAACUGCGUGUAGGUAAUAUCAAUUAUGUACAAAGUAUUCACCAGGGUGUAGAGGAAUAUCAUGAUAUGUUUACAUUCUACUGCUCUGAUGGUACCAACUCGUCACCUGAAUACAAUUUCAGCCUCUCUAUAUACCCUACAAAUGAUGAGCCUCCACAGGUCUUUGACAGAGAAUUUGUAGUGAUGGAAGGGUUAGAAAUGAAAAUUGACACCCCAAUUUUGACAGCUGUUGAUCAGGAUGUUCCACCGGACGAAAUCAUUUUUAUUGUGACAGUUCCACCAAAACAUGGCCAGAUAUUACAACAACGGGGCCUAGCAGGUACGUUUCCUGUCAGCCGAUUCUCAAUGACGGACAUAGAUGGAUCAUCCAAUAUAAUGUACAAACAUGACGAUACAGAAACAACCGAGGACACAUUUGAAUUGGUGGCGACUGAUGGCAGAUUUAACGUGACAAAGAGAAUACCUAUAGCCAUUAUUCCUGUAGAUGAUGAAACGCCCCGAUUAUCGGUCAACACUGGACUAGAAAUAGACAAAAUAGGGGAAAAGAAAAUUAUUUCCAAUUCGGUUCUUAGAGCAGAAGAUUUGGACUCUCCUGAUUUGAAUAUCACUUUCAUAAUUCGCCGCAUGCCGAAACAAGGAAUACUGCUGUUGGAUAAGGUCGGAUUACCACCACAAAACUUGACUUUGGGUUCAAAGUUCACCCAAUUUGACAUUGACAAUCAAUGUGUAUUCUAUAUUCACACAGGAUUGGAAGGCAGAAGAGACAUCAUCAAAUUUGAGAUCACAGAUGGUCUGAACCCUCUUGUCGACCGCUAUUUCUAUGUGACCGUUGCUGGGUUGGAUCUUACUUACCCAGAGGUAAUUAACAAAGGUGUACGAUUGCCAGAGGGAGGCUCCGUGAUUUUAACUACUGACAUCAUCAGCAGUAGAGAUUCCAAUUCUCCAGAUGAAGAUCUUGUAUACACCAUCACCAAUGUACCCCAGCAUGGUUACCUGGAGAAUCUGGACAAUCCUGGGGUACCUAUCACCUCAUUUACACAGCUUGAUUUAGCAGGUUACAAAAUUCGUUACACUCACACAAGCAAAAGUGAAGUCAAGAUGGAUAGAUUUGAAUUUGAGGUGACUGAUGGCAAUAAUCCUGUGACCAGGAUGUUCCGUAUUGCAUUGACGGAUGUUGACAACAAGAAACCAGUGCUGAUGUUUGGCACCCUUCUGGUCAUGGAAGGGGCAAGUAAGAUUAUUACGCCCUUCGAGCUGAAAACCAUUGAUAAGGAUACCCCAAGUGGUAGUAUUGAGUAUACCUUAACACAGAUCCCUCUUCAUGGCAAUAUCCUCUAUGAUUAUUCACGAAUUGUGACAACGUUUACGCAAGAGGACAUUGAAUUAAACAAAAUCAGUUACCAACAUGAUGGUUCGGAAACGCUUUCGGACAGUAUUUCCUUCACCGUGACGGACGGCACCCAUAGUGAAUUCUACGUCUUUCUAGACACCGAACAACCCCUUCGUCACCCCCAGACCCUUCCAAUCGAGAUACUACCAGUGGAUAAUGCUGUACCCCACCUCACUGUUAACCUAGGUGGGACUACCCUUACCCCUUUAGAAGAAGGGGGCUGGGGCUUCAAAUUUGAUAGUAGCAUCCUACAGUGUGAUGACCGAGACAGUUCUUCGGACAAUCUUGUGUAUGAACUGACUGUGUAUCCACGAUGGGGUCAUCUGGUACACCUGGGAAAACAUCAAAGCAACAUCUCAACAUGGACCCAAGUUGACAUUGACCAGGGUGAGAUCCGUUACAUCCUUGCCGAGGGAGCGAAUGCCACCAACGAUAUUUUCUUCUUUAAAGUCACAGACCGAGGUGGUAAUGAGCUGUCGAAUCAACCGUUUCAUCUAAACUGGUGCUGGGUAUCCUUCAGCAGUGAUCAUUAUAAUGUGAACGAGACACAAGACAUAUUUGAGGUCACGCUUCAGCGCAGAGGAUACCUUGGUGAAACAUCUUUUGUCACCAUAACUGCAGAGAACGGUUCAGCCAGGAUUGGGGAGGAUAUCAGGGACUGGUCCAAUCUGCAAGUUCAAUUCAACCCAGGUCAGAAGGUCAAGACAUGGCGACUUCACCUGCAGGAUGACAACCGGUUUGAAGGUCCAGAAAAGUUCACACUUCAACUCAGCCACCCUGCCAUGGCUGCCCUACAACUUCCUGUUGUUUCCAUAGUAACCAUUCAGGAUCCAGAAGACGAGUCCACAGUGUUUUUCCCAGAGCAGGAGUUCAGAGUGGCAGAGAAUAUCGGGGAAGUUCUACUACCGGUCCAUCGAACAGGUGACCUCACUAACGAGCUAAUGGUCAUUUGUUCCACAAGUCCAGGAUCUGCUACAGGAUCCCCUUUGAUGCCUAAUUAUCCUGCCACAGAGGUUACUUCAGGGUCGGACUAUAUUUCAAGGCCGCUUCACCACUCCAGUAUUAUUCGAUUUGACCACAGUCAAAGUGAGCGCUUCUGUAAAGUUACCAUCAUUGACGACUCUCUAUACGAGGAGGAGGAAUCCUUCAAGGUCAUGCUAACAGACACUUUUGGGGGUCGCCUUGGAAAUGCCAGAAACAUGAGCAUUCUCAUAGAACCUGAUCCAGAUGAUGAACCAGUGUUCCACUUUGAGCAUGCACAGUACACUGUUGAUGAGAGUCAAAGAGAGGCUGAAGUUGUGGUGUGGCGAACUGGAACCGACCUUAGUCGUCCUUCAAGUGUAACCGUACGGUCACGCCGCACUAACCCAAAGUCUGCUGAAGCUGGCUUUGACUACAGAGCUGUGAAUAAAAUCCUAGACUUCGCACCAGGGGUUUCGAUGAACACACUCGGAAUUCACAUUCUAGAUGACCUUGGUGGACCAACUUUAGAGGGUCCAGAGUCCUUCCUACUUGUACUGAGAAUGCCGAUGGGUGCUAGUCUGGGGUCACCAAGUACAGCUUCCAUGACCAUUGACGACUCCCAGUCAGAUCGCCCCUCCAUGCAGUUUAAAGCGGUGCAGUACUUUGGCAGUGAAGAGGAGAAAAGAGUCACUGCUGUUAUUGUCCGCCAUGGAGAUAUCAGCCAUGGGUCAAGUGUUCGCUGUUACACUAGACAGGGGUCUGCCGAGGUCAGUCUAGACUUUGUAGAGCGGCCAGACACUGAUGCUUCACUGGUCAUCUUCAGAGCAGGUGAGAGAGAAAAGCAGUGUGUGGUCAAUAUUGUGGAUGACAAUAAAUUUGAAGUGACAGAAGAGUUCCGACUUGUCCUUGGCAGCCCAGACAGUGUUACAGCAGGUGGAGCUAAUAUAGGUGUCCAGAACAGUACUAUUAUAAAGAUUACAGAUGCCAGUGAUAAGCCUCAGAUCCAGUUUGCAGAGGAUCAUUUCGUUGUUAAUGAACCAAUCUUCAAAGAGGAUAUAUCUAGACUGACCAUUCCUGUGGUUAGGUCUGGUGACCUCUCAGAGAGAUCAGAAGUCACAGUGUUUACCAAAGAUGGGUCAGCAAGGGCUGGACAGGACUAUAAUGGUUUCUCUAGAUUGCUGUUAUUUGAAGAAGGUGUUUCGCGAUUGGAAGUGGAGGUGGAGAUUCUCUAUGAUGAUAUGAAAGAGAAUAGAGAAGUGUUUACCGUACAUCUACGUGGCAACCACAAUAUGGUGGCUGAAGUCAGGAGGAAUGAAAGGACAAUGGUUUAUGUGGAAGAGAAUAAGAAGAUCAUGGAUGUUGUUUUUCCUUCUCGCCCCAUUGUUGUUUCCCUGAGGGAUUACGAUGAUCCCCUCGGUAACCGUGACAACCCUGUACAUGGAUACCCGGUCAUCUGUAUAACACCCUGCAACCCCAAUCACCCGGAUUUUGCCGCAUCCACAGGAACACUUUGUCAGACACAGGAAAUUAACGAUACUCUCACCAAGUUCCACUGGAGAGUGGCUCCCCCUAGUGGCCCUGAUGGUGUUACGAAGCCUCUCAGAGAGCUGGAUGCAUCAACAUUCUUUGCUUCCACCAGGGGGAUAACUCUGGACAGCAUCUACUUCAAUAGAGGAAGUAAAGUCCAGUGUCUUGCCCGUGCGGUCAAUUUUGAUGGUGAUCCUGGAAGGGAAAUUGGGAGUGUUCCGGUCACUAUAAGCACAGACGAGGGAAUCUGUCCCCCAAGGAAUCCGGCGUCUAUUGGAUCUGAACCAUUCAGCAGCAGUCUCAGAUAUCUAGGUGCCAACGACCCAGCCCAUCCUAACAUGGUGCGAGUGACGAUAACAAUUCCCCACCAUGAUGGAUUACUUCCUGUGUUGUCUACACACCAGCUUUCAAAUUUUGACUUCAUACUUACUCAUAAUGCACUGCGUGUUGCCCAGCACAAGUGUUCUAACCUGCUAGACAUUAGUGACCUUCAGGUGACCUCUGGAUUUGGCUUUGUUUCCAAUAGCACUAGGAACCGUAACUCUUUAGGACUAGAACCUUACCAGUUUAGCUCAAGUCUUAGGGGUGAUUCAACACUGAGGUUUUACAGGAACCUAGACCUGGAAUCUUGUCUGUGGGAAUUUGAUGGCUACUUUGACAUGUCCGAGCUUGUGUCAGUGUGUGGAGGGCAAAUCUCAACAGAUGGACAGCCAAUCAACUUGAAGCAGUCACGGGUGACCAUGUUUGUUCCAUUGUACGUGUCCUACAUUUUCCAUGCAGAGGCGGGAGGUUGGACAGCGGUCAACAUGCAGACUGACCUUGAACUUAGUUUUGUCUAUGACACUGCCAUCUUGUGGCAAAAUGGUAUCAGCACAGCAACCAAGUCAAAAUUUGGAGGAUCCUUGUACCCUACCAGUCUACGCAUCCAAGAUGAUAAACGACUUCUUGUGACAAUUAGAACAAUGCCCAAAUUCAGAGGCCAGUUUGUUCCCAGAAACUCAGGUACAGGUGUUGUAUCCAUGGUUACCUCACCUGAUCAUCCAGAUAUGACGUUCACUUUGACUCUGGUCAGAAGUGAUCCAACCUUUGACCAGCCUGAUCAGCUGUGGCAGUUUGAAUCUGACUUUGCGGUGAAGGACUAUUCCGGACUCUACCACAUUGCUCUGAUUCCCUGCACAGCUGCUGUCUCACAGCCCUAUACACUUCCUCCUGUCUGUAACCCCACUGACCCUAUCACCUUUGACCUUCCAAUCAGAUUUCAGCAGACCAGUGAUCCUGUUCCUUCACAGUACUCACUCAACACUGAUUUUCGCCUCUUCAACAAACGUUCAUUGUGGUUGUCACCUGAUACUCCUACCCUGGGGGACAAGUCCAGCGUAACCUUCUCACCAGGAGAUACAAUAUAUGGCCGACUAGAUGUUGAUCCUGUCCAGACCUUGGGGUCAGAGUUUGAUCUCGGUCUGGAAAAAAUCUUUGUGUGCUCUGGCAAAGAUGGUUACAUCCCAAAGUAUGCCCCAACUCAGGGCGAGUAUGGUUGUGUAGGGGAAUCCAAAAACCUGGAGCACAGGUUCAAAAUUUUGGACCUCAGGGAUCCACACACAGUUGAGGAAAGCUUCGAUGGCAUUCCAUUCAAUGCAAGGAUGGCCAGGAAUGACCCAAGUGCCAGGGAUCUCCUCCAACAGCCCGGAGCAGAUGGCUUCUCUGUUGACACGAAACCUCUCUUUCAGGUGGACCCAGGAAGGAUGUGGUUUCUCCACGCAGUCUUCUCCUUGGGUUCCAGCCAGAGUUCCAUACAGAAGCGAAGUGCUACAUAUCAUUCCAUUACUAAGGAGGUUGGAGGUCGUUCAAAGCGGACAGAGACUCCAUCAAAAGGCACAAACAUGGUGCAGAUUGUUUUUAGUGAACUGCCCCAGGGGGAUAGUGCCCUGGGAUCGUACGAGGUGUCUGAGAAUGGUCGUGAUACACCCUCCAUCAUGUAUAUUCUAGUGGGUAUCUGUCUACUGUUGCUCAUCUGUGUCAUUCUUCUCAUUGUUUUCAUUCGGCGGCGCCACAAACACUCAUCACCACCCUCUACACCGACCAAUACUUUGACUGUGGUGUCACGGGAUGGCACCACCAGUGUACUCUUCCUUUCAGAUAAACAAAAAAUGGCCGACCAGGAUCGUACCGAGGUGUGAAAAAGACAAAUACUCAAUAUAUUCCAAAACUGUGAUCGUGUGACUUUAUUUAUUUUCUUGUCAUAUUGUCCUGUUUUAUUUGUUUAAAUUGCUCAUGUCGAACAGCUUCAAUAAUGUAAUCAUAUUUUUGUUUUUUUCGCUGAUAAAGUGGUUGUCAUUGUUUGGUUUUUUUCUUACUAAUGUUAAUGUAUAUUGUUGGUUUUACUAUCAUUGCUUAAUUGUUUUAAUUGUCAGGUAACAUUACAAGAAGAAAUUACAAAAAACUCAUUGUCAAAGUCACUGUUACCAAGGGAAAUUCCUUGGCAAUAUUCAGAUCUGCAAAAAAUUAAAGCAGUGAGCACUACAUCGUGCCAUUUGUAACCUACCAGUAUUGUUAUACAUAAGAUUCAAACAUUAAUCUUCACAUUGUCAUUACACAAUUUAAACAUUCAUCAAACUCAUUGUUUACCAAAAAUAUUUUUAUUCCAAAGUCUUAUUAUAGAGUGGUAUUAUAUCCUAUAGGUAUGUCUCUGUUAAAUUGUAGUGUAUAAGUGUGUGCUUGAUUCAUUUUUCAAUCCUCACCUCUAACCUGUGACAAAAAACCUGUACUCGAGGUUUCCAUUCCUAGUUGCAUGGCUGCACUUUUUUUUUUUUCAUGUGAGGUUUUCUGCCAAAUAUUGCCAUAAAAAACUAUCAAUCAAAUGUUUGAAUGAGUUUUUCAUGUAGAAGACAAUCGUUUCAGGUUUUAGAGAUAAUAGUAAAUAGAUAUCAGUGUACAAAAAUCUGAAGACAUUUUUUUUUGCAAUGUAUGGGAAUGAAGGUCAUUUUGACACAAAAUCAAGAUUUUGUCCAGAUUUGUGUGAAAAGCUUUAGAAGGAGCGAUUUUCCAAAGAAUUUCUGUAAUGAUUUGCUUUAUGUGAUCGCUCAUGCGUAACACGUAUUGUGCAACUGUAAACUUCGAGGAGUUGUUACUCGAGUGUCAUCGGAUGCUUUCGUUUAUCAGACUAGUUGGACAAGGGUUGUUUCUGCAAUAAGGAAACGCCUGAAUUUCACUUUUUGAUGGACCUCAACUAAGCCUGUUGAUUUUUAAGUCUAACAAUUUGUAAUGCUACAGUUACAAUAUUGACAAACUGUUUUUUUUUCUGAUAAAUGGAAGCAGCCAUGAUGUUAAGAUGUCAUGUUGCUCUUUGUUGUAUAUAAUAUUAUUAUGUAUCAAGGGAGAUUACUCAAGUAAUCUUUUUUUUGAUAGAUGCUUUUUUUUUGUGUGUGUGAAAUAAGCCUUAUAACAAUGUCAAAAGUAUAUGUGCAUUGGCUUUGCCAAAUUCCAUUUUGUAUCCAUAAUAUAUAUAUAUAUUUAUAUGAUGUACAGUUGCAUGUACAGUGUAUUCUCAAAUUGUAUGUACAGUAUGCUGUGAUUACGUGAUGCCAUUGUGAUUAUAUUUAUUGACUUACUGUGAAGUGUGACCUCUGUGAGACAGGAGUUAUAGAUUAGUUAAAAGGUACUUAUUACACAAUCUACGCAUUGACUGUGAAUCAUUACCUCGGAGUUUAAUCCCAGUUGGAGAUCUGAUUGUACAUUUGACCAUUUCAAGUAUCGGACAAUCUUUCCCAAUCGCAUUUUGCUGCUUUUGCUCUAUAGAUUGACAGAGAAUCAUCCAUAAAUACAGUUUAGAUUUCCAAGGAUUGUUUUCCAACUUUUGAACAGUGUGGAUCUCAGUAUCAUUAAGCUCAAAUGUCUAGUACUUAAGAUUUAUUGAAGAUUGUCAAAAUGCUUCAUAGAAAUGUACCAUUUGAUCUGUAAAAGUUUUGUAUCAUUAUAUCAUAAAAUUAAAAUAAUUCUUGAAUGUAAUGGUGAAUAUGGACUUAGGUCAGAACUACUAGCAAUAGUAUGGAUUGUUGAUGGUGUACAACAGACUCAGAUCUAGACUGUAGACUACAGUACAGACUAAGAUCUAGACCGUAGACUACAGUACAGACUCGGAUCUAGACCGUAGAUUACAGUACAGACUCGGAUCUAGACCGUAGAGUACAGUACAGACUCGGAUCUAGACCGUAGAGUACAGUACAGACUCGGAUCUAGACCGUAGAGUACAGUACAGACUCGGAUCUAGACCGUAGAGUACAGUACAGACUCGGAUCUAGACCGUAGACUACAGUACAGACUCGGAUCUAGACCGUAGAGUACAGUACAGACUCGGAUCUAGACCGUAGACUACAGUACAGACUCGGAUCUAGACCGUAGACUACAGUACAGACUCGGGUCAAGACCGUAGACUACAGUACAGACUAAGAACUAGACCAAAGAUUGUAGUACAGAUUGAGAUCUAGUCUGUAGACUACAGUACAGACUCAGAUCUAGACCGUAGAGUACAGUACAGACUCGAAUCUAGAUCGUAGACUACAGUACAGACUCGGAUCUAGACCGUAGACUACAGUACAGACUCGGAUCUAGACUGUAGACUACAGUACAGACUCGGGUCUAGACCGUAGACUACAGUACAGACUCGGAUCUAGACCGUAGACUACAGUACAGACUAAGAACUAGACCAAAGAUUGUAGUACAGAUUGAGAUCUAGACUGUAGACUACAGUACAGACUCAGAUCUAGACUGUAGACUACAGUACAGACUCGGAUCUAGACCGUAGACUACAGUACAGACACGGAUCUAGACCGUAGACUACAGUACAGACUCGUAUCUAGACCGUAGACUUCAGUACAGACUCAGAUCUAGACUGUAGACUACAGUACAGACUCAGAUCUAGACUGUAGAUUACAGUAGACUCAGAUCUAGACUUUUGUCUGCACACAAAAUUACCAUGUUAUUUAUCCAUUAAUGAUGACUAAGGCCCCCCUUGUUUUUAGCCCAAAAGUCCUACAUCAAUCCACAACAACCAUAUUUAAACAGUUUUUCCAAUAGUCAUAUUUUAGUUGAACAUUUUGUUACAUACUUUAUUUUCCUUACUGAGAUUGUCAAGACUUUGAUGAUAUUGUUUUAUAUCUUUAUAGAUAGUUAUCCGAGUGUUGUGUGGUGUGAAUUUUUUUUAAGCAAUAUGAUUGUGCCAAUACAACUAACCAAGUUACCUCCCAUUUUAGUUUUUGUUGUUAACAUCACACGACGUUUGUCGUCUAGAUCAUUUGGUGUUUUAAUGCAUUUAUUUUUAACAGAAACAUCCAGAAUUUGAUGUAAUAUAUAAAUACUCAUGAACAGAUCUCCACGACAAUUCUAUUAUUAGUCAAAACCUACAAAUUAAUUAGCACCAUGUAUUUAAAUAUUCUACACUUCAUUUUAACUUAUAAUUAGCACGAGAACUUUUAGUGUGCCUUAAUCAUGAUUCGGAAGAGAAAUAUCGUUAUCUGGCUUCAGGGAUUUUCUUUUCCUUUUAUAACCUAUGUGUAUUUUUCUAAAUAGUCAAACUUUGUAGUUGAUUAUUUCUCAACAGGUUCUACUGUAUUGCUAUUGGAGAAUAUCACAUUACAAUAAUAUGUUAUGCACACUACUAAGGUUCAUAAACUAAAAAUAUUUCAUAAAAUGGUGAUUGUAUUUUAUAGUUGAUAUCCUGUGUCUUCUUCCCUUGCUACCAGGUGCCCCUCCACCCUCCCCUCCCUACCCCCCUCCCCUGCCUAAUUUCUCCAGCCAGGUGCCCCACCCCAUCCACCCUUUCUCCUCCCCCUUCCUCUCCUGCCUUACUUCCCCAGCCAAGUGCCCCAACACACUCUUUCCCCUCCCCUGCCUGAUUUAAGCCUAGCCCUGGUGAUAAAGCAAUUACUGUAGUAAAUUUUCUUACUUUUGAUAGUUUCCUUUUUACACUAUUUUCAAGAAGGAAAUAAAAUUUUGAAACAUAUCUUAAGAAAAGAAUUUCUAUAAAAAACCGCCGUAGCUUGUUUCAUGACUCCUGUCAAAAAAUAAUUUCCUUUUGAAAGAAAACUAAGUCUGUAGCAUGGUUUAUGUUGAAAAUAUAUCCUUUUUUGGCUUCAAGCUAGUAGUAAAAUCGCUAAAAAUUGUAGUCAUUGGAAAAAAAUACAAAAUCACAGUUAAAAGUGUUGACCCUCCCAGUUAGUCAUAUUUAAAUCUAAUAUAUUCUAAUUACAUGAUAAUAUGUUAAUUUGAAUACAUGUGGUGAUGGUUCAGGAUUACUGUUAUUUUAAGUGUAUGUGGAUUAUUUGAUAUUGUCUGAUUUUUAUAAAUGUACCAUACCCCAAUCCUUUUUAUCUGAUAACAUGAUGCAAAAUUGUUUAAUUUAGUCUGUUUGUUGGAUCGCUUUUUAUUAUUAUUAUUUUUUUUUUUCUUUUCAUCGAGAUGCACUACAAUAAUACUUGAAUAUUACUUUUCAUAGAUACCAGGUAUGCAUAUCACAGGUCAGUUGAUUGGUCAAAGGUGAUGAUGGUCAGUUUCUGUUGGUAUCUGUUAUUGGUAUAACAUGUUUGUUAUUGGUGAUUCUACAAUCAUGUAUCAUGUGACCGGUUGCCAUAUCUAUAUAUUUUUUGUGCGGUAUUAGCUUGAAUACUGUGUAUAAGUGAAGUGACCUGAAUUUCUGUGUAGUGACCAGUGAUGUUUGUAAAUGAAAGCUAUUUUAAUUGAUAAAUAUCAUUUCUAUUUCAUGCUGAAAUGCUGGAUAUAUUGUCCUUAUCUUUUCCACAGGAAGAGAUUGUCUACAAAAUUUGUAAAGGGAGACAACUCUUUCAGUAAUGGAUGAAAAAUUUUUUGCCAUCAAAAAAACUUUCAAUACUGUGGUCACUAGGUAAAUCAUGUUUUUACUUAAGUAUUGUUGAUGGGUCCUAAUGGACAUAAUGCUAGUUUGAUUGUGAGAAGUGUUACAGUGUUGUGGUGAGUAUGUAUGCGAGUGGACAAGUGCACAGGCCCAUUACUGUCCUUUUUGACAUAUAACAUUGGAUGCAAUAAAUAGUUAUCAACUUCA